AUGUCGCGAUUCGUAGAAGCGGACUCCUGGAUCCUGGAGCAGCGACCCGAGUACCGCUGGGGCAUUUUCCUACCAGCCUUGGGCCUGGUGGCGCCGGCUGCUAGCAUUUGCUUUGGAGGCGCACCACCGUGCGCACCAAGCACCUUUGCGCCCAUCCUGUUGCUGCUGUCAAUCGCAGCCAGCGUCUAUGCGUUUCCCUGCACGAACCGCCUUUGGUGGGCCAGCCAGCUAGAACCUCAGCUCUCGGGCGUCAGCAAAGCCAGGCACUUUGUGGAUUCUAUGCAAACUGUCUCGGUGGUCCCUGCUGGAAGCUACCAAGCUCAAGACCAGGAUCUUCCCUGUACAGGGGGAGAGGCCAAGAGCCAGAAGGGCGACAGGGCCAUGCCACGACGGGGCCACGGCCCGAUGGCCAACGGCGACGAGCGGCGGCAGGCGCUACAGAGCCUAGCAGGCUUGUUCCUCCACCCGGAGGCAUUCGUGCCGCAGGGCAUUGAGUUGCUGCCCCUCUACGGCUUCCAACCGAGGGUGGCCGAGUUCGAGCCCUUCGCCCUCAAGCGGCCGAAUGGUACGCACAUGAACGACGUGAACAUAUCGCUCAUGGCAGGGCCAUGGGACGCAGUGCAAGCCGAAGCCGCAGCCGUGGUGCGGGGAGCGGCGGUGUCAAGUGAGAAGGGCACCAUCAACACUUGGAACACCGAGAGGCAGUUCGGCUUCGUCUCCUGCGACAGUGGCCGUCAGGAUCUCUUCACGCACGCGGAGUACAUCUCGGACACCAACGCCAGGUAUGACGCCAAGACGCGGGGCUUGCGCCGUGGUGACAGGAUCGCCUUUGAUGUGGAGGAGCCACAGGGCAACAAGAAGAGCAUGCAGGCGGUGAAUGUGGAAGUCUUGGACCUCGUGAAGCGUUCUCGCAGCCCCAGCCGCCGCCGCAGCCGCAGCCGCGGCCGUGGCGGAGGAGGAGGCGGAGGAGGGGGAGGAGGAGGAGGCGGAGGCGGACGUGGACGCUCGAGGUCGCGCAAGAAUACGCGGCCCACCGAGAUGCGCGCUGGGGACUGGGAGUGCCCCAAAUGUGGCGACUACCAAUUCGCCAGGAAUGCCGAGUGUCGGAAGUGCGGCGCCAAGCCUCGCUCCAUCCGCGAUGACUCCCGGCCCCGCCGCAAGGACUCCCGCAGGCGCAGCCCACCCCCACGCCGCCGCAGCGACAGCCGCCGUCGCAGGAGCAGCAGCGCUGGCAGCCGCAGGUAG